AUGGCUCAAGCGCGGAUGUGGCAUGGAGGGGUCCGUAUUUUGCCAAUGCAGAACGGACGCGCAUCAAAAGAGCCACAUGAAAUCAAGUGCCCGGGCGGUGAGAACUUUCAGGGAAGAACUGGCCAGGCAUGUGACGUGCCGAUGCUCACAUGUACUGCUGAACUGAAAGGAAGAAAGAACAUCCUAAUGUCGCUCGGAUUUGGUCUAGUUUGGACGGUGGAUCGUCAAAAAUGCACGGGUGAUAUCACGCUUGGGUCCUGUGUUCACACGACUCACAACAAGAAGCAUUCAAUGCCAAAACCAUUGGCAUUGGAGUCAAUCAUCGGGAAGCACCAGAAACCUCUUAAUAAUAAGGGCUGCUGUGUCCCGCAUGGCCGUUAUUAUUGGGUUAUGGCAACUCCGCCACUAGCUUCAUCCCAAACUCCUGCGGACUGGAAUCACUGCAGCCCAGAUCCUCCUCUUCUCUUUCAAUUCUCAUUCUCGACUUACGAGGUCCUGACCUCUCCCCCUCCCCUUUCAUUCCCGCCCUAUCCUACCACUUCUCCGAAGGAUUAA